AGGAAGUUCUGCCUGAGAGGCUAAAAUCUGGGCAAAAAGCGACCCUCACCCCCCCAGUAUGAGAGGCCAACUGUGUCCGGUGGAGACAAAAUAAACAGCUUGUGUCUGCGAAGGCUCGGCUCAUUGUUACCGUCACAGGACGAAGAGUCACCUGAGUUUCACCUAAACCACCGACUUCCUUCUCGACGAGCACCACCUCCACCAUGACUGCUGCUGUCAGAGUUUCUGCCAAAGUGCCUAUCCGAGGUGCUGGUGAUGGCAUGGAAACAGAAAAACCGCCGGCCGUCCUGGAGGUAAACACAGAUGCCCUGCCAUCAGGGUCGUCUGCAGUUACCCUCUUGAAGGUGGCGAGCCCAAAACACAGCCCGAAGUCUACCCAUGCGGCUCCCCAUGCUGCCCCCCAUGCUGCCCCCCAGCCUCUCGGGGUGCUCCACCUGGGCAAGGUGAGUCGAGAGGCCUGCACAGAGGUGGAGGCUGUGAGGAUUCUUGUCCCACGUUCAGCUAUUAGCCGGAGCAGCCGCGUGGGACCUGUUGAGGGGAAAGGGGAGGCCGGGCAACAUGGUGAGGAGCAGGGCUCUCCCCCGCUGCCUCUGGUGGAGGACUGGAGAGGACAGAUGGAGAAGCUGCAGAACUCUGAACGCAGGCUGCUGCAGGACAAGGAAGGCCUCUCCAAUCAGCUCCGUGUGCAGACAGAGGUGAACCGUGAACUAAAGAAACUGCUGGUGGCGUCGGUGGGGGAUGACCUUGAGUACCACUUUGAGCGUAUGUCGCGGGAGAAGAACCAGCUGAUUCUGGAGAAUGAGGCACUAGGCCGGAGUCUGGCACACACCGCGGAGCAGCUGGAGCGAAUGAGUAUCCAGUGUGAUGUUUGGAGGAGCAAGUUUCUGGCCAGCAGAGUCAUGGCAGAGGAGCUGACGAAUGCCAGAGCAGCUUUGCAGAGGCAGACCAGAGAAGCACAAGGAGCCAUUCAGGAUCUGCUGUUGGAGAGAGAGGAGUUCUCCAGGGACAUGGUGCUCACUCACAGAUCUCUGGAGCAGCUCCUGGUGUCUCUGCAGUGGGGCAGACAGCAGACGUACUACCCCAGUGCACAGCCCCUCAGCACCGGAGAGCUUGCAGCCGCCAAUCACAAGCUAGCAGACGCCAUCAACUCCCACUUGCUGGGAAACACCAGCAGCAGCGGCGGCAUGGUGAAGAGCAGCAGUGCAACGGCUGAGCACCUCUGCAGCACACCUGCCGAGAAGAUGGCUGAGAAGGUGCUGAAGAUUUUAGAUCCAAUUUCCUGUUCAGAAAACAAGGUAGAUCCUCCACUCAAUGACUCACCCUCUUCAAACUUCCUCAGCAAUAAGAAGAGCAUUGGAAGGUUUCACCCAUACACACGCUAUGAGAACAUUACUUUUAACUGCUGUGAGCGCUGCACUGGAGACAUCCUGGUGCUGUAGAUAUCAAGUAGGGCAAAACGCCCCCCGUCUGACACCAAUGCAGCAUCAGUUUACUUCAAAUGACUCAAGUCUGAACAAGAGUGUACUCUGAAGAAUAUUGUUGCUCUGUGUUCAGCGACAUUUUCUUUUGUUGCGGUCCUGAUUUCCACAAUUUCAGAUAAUGGUUUUACAUUUUAUCAACCUGCUGUUUAUUUUGCUGUCUUUAACUUUUGGGGGGGGGGAGCUAAAUAAGAAAAGUUGUUUGUUCAGGAAUCAUGAUGUGAAAGUGAUGACAACAGUAUGCAUUUCAGAGCCAUUGCAGUCUGGUUUAAACCGUGGAAAGUGUUAUUUAUUGCUGGAAUGUGAGGUCAAGUUGAGUCAGAGUUACAUGGUGAAAAUACACUGUUAGGCGGUAUUCCUAUUCAAACUUGAACAUUAGGCUAGUGUGUUUUAUUUAAAAAUAAUCCUAAAUCCAUAUGUCAGUGUACAAACAGCCUGUUGUACAAAUACCCUCCAGGAAAUUAACAAACAACUGAUAAUAGGGAAAUUGCAGAGGCUCACAUGUACAAUAACAAAAAAUAAGUGAGGACACCUCUUAUACUGCGGGGGUUUCCCUGUAUGAUGGUGCUAUCGUACUUUAUUUAUUAUUGUUAACAUAUUUUGUAUAUUGGCAUUAUAAUAUACACAACAUUUUUUGGAAGUGGUUUUACGGUACAACGAUAGACUGUUAGUGUGCAGCAGUAUUGUUCAAAGAAAGCCCUGAUGUUACCUGUUUCUCUCACACACAGGUCCCAUUAUUUAAGUCUGACAUUUGAAUUUAAAGUUAUGUUUGAUUUUGUUUUCAUUGAAUUGUGUCAUUUAUUUGGCUUUUUUGCUUUAUUUAAAAAAUAUAUAAGACUGUUGAAAUGACUAGUAAUAUACUGUGCAUGCCUUUUUACAAUUUUCUAAAACCAAGCUGUAUAUUUUGGUUUAUUUCAUCUGUAUGGAUAGUUUGCUUUUCGCAGGGUUGGUGACUGUAUACUUUACAGUGACCAGCAGAUCUUUUGUUUUCUAUGUCAGACCAAAAUAAAGACCAAAGUAGUUUCUAUCUUUUUAAAA